AUGCGCACUCGCUCCUGCCGCACAUACACUCCGCGCCCAUGUACAGAACAUUGCCAGCAUCACGCAACUUGUGCUUUAGCCUGUCCACAAGUAGAGAAAGGAGAAGCUAGUGGUGGAGAUGAGCUGGGAGAGAGGAGGUUGAAGCCCUCGAUGCUGCGCAUGCUUGCCUGUUUGUUCCCUCAAACUCUUCGAACCUCGAUCCCCCUCGCCUACCCAACUGUGCCCGUACCCAUCCGCGGCGCCCGCUACCCAGGCCCACACUUGCCUCCCCUUAAUCCGCUCAAGGCUCCUGUCAACCAGUGCCCUCCACUAUUUCUGCAGCACCAGUAUUACGCUCUCUCCACACCUCUGCGCUCGCGCUGCCCCACAACAUGUAAAGCAUUGUGGCCGUUCAAACGUCAACAAGGACGACGAGGUCCAGCUGGUGGCAGAGGAUAAUGACGAGGACAAGCAAUGGCAGCGGCGGAGAAUGGGCAUAGACAAUGAGGACAUCCACGACGGAUGCAGCCUGCAUCCCAUCUCCCUGUCGACCGUUCACUCCCCCGCCCUCAACAUCACGCAUGUCUUCAAUGCUAUGAAUUACAUUGACCGUCAAUUGCGCCCUCAAGCCCACGUGCGCACAAUUGUCCCUUCAAGCUCAUGCAUGUGCCCUCGCCUGUGACCGACAUCUGCGGGCAUCCACUCGACCUCAUGCACACGCACCCGUCUCCGCAACGCCACGCACCGCCACUACCAAGUGCCCUGACAUCCGUUCCCUUCUUGCAUCACUGCCCAGACCCCACAUAUACUUGUCCCCUUGAGUGUAUUCCCGCUCACCACUCUGCUCUCUGGCUUGUCUCCUCAACCCCAUGUAAGCUUGUCCCUUCGAUCCCUCCUCACGGAUCCCUCCCCAUGUCCAUCAACCUCCCGCCAUCCUCGCUUGCGUGUUGAAGACACCCAACUCCUGGCACUCCACAGCGGACGAGUCGCGCAGGAUGCAUGGCAAGCGCUGGCAUUGGAGAAGCCUGAUGUUGAAAGUUCUGCAACGGUGAAGUUCACAAGAUGUGAAACAAUGGCGCGCUGUCUGCGCGCCGCCGCCACCGCCGCAUUCUACGAACGUUACGUCUUCGCCACUGUCAACAUGGACGAGAGCCUCGUAUCUGCGAGAGUAAGUGACGCACACAGCUCGCGCAUACGAAGGUUAGGUUAGGUCAUUUGUUGCAGGACUGAGGACAUGAAACGGCGGCGGGCUGUCCAGGGCGCCCAGUCGCUCCACGCGGCAUAAAAGUGCCGGUGGACAAGUCAUGAUGCAGAAACGGCCGCGUGCUGUCUGCGGCAGACAGCAC